CAUAUCCAUAUGAAAUUUUUAAAAAACCGCACAAGCGAAAAUGUAACCGUAUAAAAAACAGACAAAUAUAUAUAAUACUUAUUAUUGUAAAAUGUUUAUAAAAAUAUACACAUAAGGCUUACAAACAUAUAAAUGAACCCAACUGACAUGCAACAAAAAAGACCUUUAUAACAUAAAAAAAGCUUAUAAACAAAAACUGCACGCAGACAGAGACAUUCUGUCAAAAUCAUACCCAAAUAUCACUCAAUAAAAAUUUUUACCAUGUGACAUACAAAAAAUGUACCAUAUGACAAAGAGUUAAAAUGUACCCAUAUAACAGAUUCAAAAAGUGUACCCAAAUGACAUUUAAUACAAACUAAAAUGUAUCCAUAUGACAUAGAAUAAGAAUGAACUUUAAUAAUACGCAGCAAAAUUUUCACAUAUUAUACAUGCAAACUGAAAUGUACCGACAUGUAUAUAACAUAGAUUAAAAAAUGUACCUAUAUCUCAUAAAUUCAAAAAUAAACCCAUGAGACAAAUACCAAACAAAAAUGUACAUAAUUUUAUGCAUCACAGUCAACAGAAACUGCACCGAUCCACGCCCGAUUCUGGACAUGAUAACCGCCAUUGUUUUUCGACCUUUGUUCCAAUCGUCCUACAGAGUGCACUAUUAAUUGCUGGCCAUCUGCUUGCAAGACCUUCCUCUGUGAAUCAUUUUUUACCCUGUUGUUCUCUUUCGUACUCUAAAUACUUACUUACAUUAGCCAUGCCUUCUUCCGGCUCAUUCUGCGAAAAGUGUUUGUGUAAUUUUAAUUAUUGGCUAUUGCGUGACAUCAGAUAUGUAUAGGUCGAAGCGAAGAUAUCGUUUUUCAGUGAAAUCUUGAUUAGAAAUAAUCGUCCAGUUUGGGUCACGAACCCACAGACCAAAUAAAAGUUUGCUUCGUACAGACAAGAUAAAUGUAAUCAGAACAUAUAUAAGGCGGGAGGAAAGUGCUCAUAAAUUGACUGCCUCGUUAUAUUCCCACUGGUGCCGUUUGUAGGGAGUGUCGUUUGCAUUAUCAAGGGAUAUCUCUCCAAAAUCAGACGAUUGAUACAAAUUCACAUCAUUGCGUAUUGGUUAUUGCUCCGCUAUAUAAUGGACCACGACUGCUGGCUGGCCGCACUGACCAUCAGAGAUGACCAUGUUUCCCCCGCCGUCCCUUCCCCAUGCCCCGGAGCUGUUUAACACGUCCCCCCAGAAGUUGUUCCCAGAACCCUCCCCUAAGGACAUAUGCAUGAACUCAGACGAUGCUUGGCGAUACAUGACAAGAAUGAUGCUGUUCGCUGGUCAAUCCGGUCCUGUCGAGACUUAUGAACGCCACUGCACUCAAGUCUUUGGAUGGUACUGUCCAGGUCAUGGAGGGACCGGGUAUUCCACUGAUUAAGACGGAUUCCAACUAUACUCGAUACGUCAGUACUGAAAACCUGAUAUCAGAAUCCCCGAGUAUGGAAUCCAAUUCAAAGCAUUCGGAUGGCAAAUCAAACCUUGGUUUCCGCUUGUAUAGCAGGAAGCAACUGAUUGAACGGAGAACCAAAGUAGUGGAUGCUUCGUUUGUUCUGGGAAUCAUUGGCAUUGUUGCGAAUGUGAUAGAGACAGAGCUACGGUACGGUGGGAUUUCCAGUACCACGGAGUCUGUGAUUCUUCGCAUUGUGACGUCAGUCACCAGCGUACUGUUAGUUGCGUCAGUCGUUGUUUACAACUUGAUCGGAAUCAAGUUGCAGCUGAUCACGGCAGGAUUAGAAAACUGGCGUCUGGUCAUCAACUAUUCCAUAAUUAUAAAAGUGUUGACGGAAGUCCUCAUCUGUUCCAUCCAUCCUUUGCCGUACGGUGAGAUCCGGGUACCUGUGGUAGUGGUCACGUAUGGCAAUGAUGGUGCCGUGUUUCAGGAUAAACGCAUUCCUAUCAAUUCCCUUCUAACCGUUCUAAUGUUUCUGCGGCUAUAUUUACUGUGCAGAUACUUAGUGGUUCACAGUGACCUAUUUAAGGACACGACUGUGCAAAGUUUAGGAACCCUCAGCAAAGUGAAAAUCAACGCACAGUUCGUGUUCAAGGCCUUGAUGACCACACAUCCGGGUUCUUGUUUGACAGCUAUUCUGCUAUGUACUCUUUUGAUCAGUAGUUGGUCAAUUAGAGUCUGUGAGUACCAUACGGUUGAUAUGAACCACGGGAAUUACCUACAGGCGCUAUGGCUGACGGCCGUUACGUUCCUGACUCUUGGUUACGGUGACGUAGUUCCGAACAGUAUAUGCGGCCGAAUUAUAGCUAUUACGACUGGGUUAAUGGGGGUUGGUAUAAUGGCAUUAUGUGUUGCUGUGUUAGCUCGAAAACUUGAACAAUCCCGAGCGGAGAAGUACGUACAUACAUUUGUUCAGCAAAUAAAACUCGACAAACUACACCGGCAUGCUGCGGCGGACGUCGUUAAGCAAGCCAUGAUGGUUUGGAAACUGCGGAGGACUGGACUUUCAUUUCACUGUCCACGUGUUCUGAAGCACCGCCGGAAACUGUUAGACGCCAUUAGACGGAUGAAGAAGUCGCAGUUUAGCAAGUCUCAGAUGAGGGACAGCGUGAUCGGAGUGGUCGAAAUUUCUAAAAAUAUCACAGAAAUCACAGACAAUACCUCAACCAUCAAAACAGAGCAAGAAAACAUUCAACAGAGACUAGACACUCUGGAAAAACUCAUGACUAAUAUGCACAGCCAACUCUACGAGUUGCGAGAGUAUCUCCGACAAAAAGACGCAACGUUGCGGACUGAACCGUCAUUAAAACCAACGUAAUACGUCGCAAAACGUCACCUUUUUGUUGUUUUUUAAAACAUCUCUAACACUUUACUCUGUAUUUAUCACAUCUUUUUUAAUGGAGAUGUAACAUACAUGUGGGUCAUGUAAUAUAAGACGCUAUUAUUUAUAUGCAAAAUAUAAUUAUGCAAAUUGUUACGUCUGUUGACGCUUGUUGAACAGUUGAAUUUUACUUUUGUUUUGUUAUAUGGUUUUGUAACCUGCUCAUAUUCUCCAGAUUUCCAAUAUCGGUUGUACUUUGUUUUCAGUAUUUUGUUAUUUUUGUGAGUUUUCUUGAAUGGCAAUAUACUGAAAACUUCACAUAUCUGUGAUUUGAUCAUUAAGAUUUUUCCCCCAUAAACGGCAAAGGAAAGUUAAAAUUCGUAUUUGUGCACUGCCACUUGUCCAUACCUCAAAAACCUUCCGAUCUGAACCCCGUUGAGCUCCGAAUGUCAAUUCAACAUUAGAUAGGUAUACACAUUUUGAUCAUACAACCUAUUUUUACAACUCCACGUAUAAAAAAAUACUAAAUAAAUGCAACUUAUUGCAGACAAAUGAGUAAAACACUGGAAUAAAACAAUUUAAUGACUGAAUAAUUUCAUAACACUUUAGAGCCAUUGUACUCGUUAACAGACAUCUAUAUCUUGGUCAAUUUAUUCGUCAGAGCCAGUCGUACACAUUCCAAAGAAAAGCAAAAAAAAAAACCGCUCGACAAGUAUGCAGCUAAUUGUGUUCCUAUUAACUAAUUCACAGAAUACACAGUACAGCUACAUUAAGAUUGGACUGUUGCUCUGGUAGGCAGUGCAUGCCAGAACGAGAAAUAGAUAGUGAUUCUUUUUGGCACUGGACAGUGAAGUGACGACGUCCGAAUCCAACCCAUGUCCAGUACUCGUCCUUGCUCUUGGUUAACACUGUUGGUGUAGUUCAUAUACACUGUACUUAUAUUUCUAGCUGGAAUAAGCUUCGGAUAUGGAAAUGAAGCAUAGUAUUGCUUUAUUAACUUCACAUUGCAUUUUAGUUUAGAUAUCGGAACAAGAAAAUAGGUUUAAUAUUUAAUAAACUUUGUUAUUGUUGAUUAGAAUACUACUUUAGCGUUCAGAUUUUGAAACAUUGGUGGAUUGUGAAAGAAUUGUAGACUAGAGGGGGGAAUAAACCGACUCGUAACUGUUGAAAAAAAAAUACUAAGCUGUCUGUCUGACUACUAAUAGACUGUUGUUAAGCUGUAUGAUACCAAACAUAUUAUUUUCAUUUACAUCGACAGUAAAUUGCUUGAAGAUGAA